AUGGAUCAGCUACUAUGACAUUGUACAAUAUUUCCCAGACUUUCCUCAAACACAUAGUCUGUCACUGGUCAGCUAGCUGCCAAUGGACCCGUUCCCUCGCCGUGUCCCACAAACUUUACCCCUGUAGGGGUCUAUCGACGGACGGCUCCGCUCCCCGGCCACGGAUUAGUGAAGACUCAAUAGAAGUUUUCAGCCAUGUCUACCCGCGAGAUGACAUGACCAAUGUGACAGCUAAAAUCUUAUCCAAAGUUGGCAGCCAGCUUCACAACCGGCCGCACCACCCCUUGUGGCUUAUUAAAGAACGCAUCAAAGACCAUUUCUACCGCUCCUACAUCGGACGCACGGGAAACCCGCUCUUCUCCGUACAUGACAACCUCAGCCCGGUGGUGACGGUGGAGCAGAACUUCGACAGUCUGCUCAUUCCUCCAGACCAUCCCAGUCGGAAAAAAGGAGACAAUUACUACCUGAACCGCACACACAUGCUGCGGGCCCACACCUCCGCCCAUCAGAAGGAGCUGGUGCGCUCAGGUCUGGACCGCUUCCUGCUGGCUGGAGAUGUGUAUAGACGAGAUGAGAUCGACUCCAACCACUAUCCUGUCUUCCAUCAGAUGGAGGGAGUGCGGCUUUUCUCAAACCAUGAGCUGUUUGCUCGAGUGGAGAAUGGUGAGGAGCUGUCUUUGUUUGAGAGCGGUGGCCGCCGCACGCCUCAGAAACAGGAGACGCACACGCUGGAGGCUGUCAAACUUGUGGAGUUCGAUCUGAAACAGGCUCUCACGCGCCUCGUGCGACACCUUUUUGGGGAAGAUUUGGAGAUCCGCUGGGUGGACUGCUACUUCCCUUUCACACAUCCCUCCUUCGAGAUGGAGGUGCGCUUCGAGGGAGACUGGUUGGAGGUGCUGGGCUGUGGGGUGAUGGAGCAGGAACUGGUCUGCUCAGCUGGUGCUGGGAAUAAGAUGGGUUGGGCUUUUGGUCUGGGGCUGGAGAGGCUGGCUAUGGUUCUGUUCGGGAUCCCUGAUAUCCGACUUUUCUGGAGCGAGGAUGAACGCUUCCUCAAGCAGUUCCGCCUGUCUGACAUCUAUCAGCCCGUCACCUUCCAGCCUCUCAGUAAGUACCCAGCGCUCUUCAAUGACAUCUCUUUUUGGCUGCCGGCCGAAGGUUACACAGAAAACGACUUCUAUGACCUGGUGCGCAGCAUCGGAGGAGACCUAGUGGAGAAGGUCACGCUGGUGGACGAGUUCACACAUCCAAAGUGACCACAAUGUUAUUGUGGAUGUACAGUCAUUCCAAAAGAAUGAGGAU